UCAACAGGUUGAAGUGAGCACGAGAAGCUUGAUCUGUGCAAAGGCAACUCAAACGCGGCAUAGACCAGCAGGCUUACGCAACGCCGAUACCGGCCGCGGAUUGAUACUGUCGUACGAUAGGAUUGUUGAACAGUCCAAGUUGUGAAUCAUAGGGAGGUGAGAUUUAAGUCUUGGUUUCACCACUUUGGAAGAGCGUCGUUUGUGGACGGUACUUGUUGUUUAACUUGAGGGUUGCGGGUUUCUUGGUUACUGGACGCUCAAUCACUACCGACACCAACAUUACCAUCAUCACCAUUAACAAAACCCAUCUGCUAUCACAAUACCCCCCGAUCCCCUCCAAAGAAAACAUUCGUCCCAUCACCAAAAUGGGCGUCUUCUACGAAACCAUCCCCUCCAGCCUCAUCCCAUGGAUCAAAGAACAGCAAAUGCUCUGGGUGGGCACCGCACCCCUCUCAGGCGACGGCCACAUCAACAUCUCACCGAAAGGAGGCCAGAACUUUGGUGUUCUGGAUGAACGAACCUUUUGGUACAUGGAUCUUACCGGGAGUGGGGUAGAAACACAUGCGCAUCUGCAUGAGCCGGGGAAUGGCCGGAUUUGCGUCAUGUUCAUGGCCUUUACCGGCCCCCCGAAAAUCGUGCGUAUAUGGGGCGAAGGCCGCGCCAUCGAGAAUGGCACUCCCGAAUAUGAGGCCUUCAUUUCUGAGCAUAAGGUCGAAACUAUCCCCGGCUCCCGCAGCAUCAUCAUGGUAAAUGUGCACCAAUGCGGCACAUCCUGCGGCUUCAGCGUCCCCUACUACGACUUCGUCGGCCACCGCGACAUCCUCAACGAACACUUCAGAAAGAAAGACGCUAAAUACCAAGCCGGCGACGAGAAAGAAUCAAUGGACUACUACUGGGCGUGGAAGAGUCAGCUUAGUAUCGACGGGUUGCCUGGCAUGAAGAGGGGGUAUGAGUAUGCGCAGAGGAACGGGGUGGUGCCGUUGAAGAAGAUGGUGGGGCCCCCUGGCAAUAACGUGCGGGUGCUGCGUGUUCAUGAUGAAAGGGUCUGCAAAAUCAAUAAGCUCCGCGCCGCGUCAUAG